CAAACAACAACUGUCAAAAGUCGUGUUCUCUCAAAAAAAAAAAAAAAACUUCUACAAAAAAAAAUUCAUUUUGAUUUUUCACGAAAAAAAAUCGUCACUUUUUUUUACUUUCAACUGGAUAAUUCGCACACAUUUGGAAUUUAUUAUUUUAACAAAAUCCCACUCAAACGAAAGGUGAAUAUUUAAGCUUCCAAAAAUUCGGACACAAAAAAUUACCUCGGCCACACAAUUGAAUGAAAAAAAGAUGGAAAUAACCAAAGGGAUGCCUUAGGCAUCACGACAGAAUGCUUGCCAUUACCAAAUGCUGCGGCUGUUGCCUUACAAAUUAAUCGAAUCGAACGCAACUUCUCCUUGUUUUUCUGAAGUUCAUAAAACUUCAGACAAACUUGAGACGUACACAACAACACACACUCACACACAAAACAAGACACUCUCUUUCAAAUACACAAAACUACAGAAUUAACCUCUUCGCUAUUCUCCCUGCACAAUGACUAAUUGUGAAAUUGUUAUCGUUGCGACAACUGAUGAACCAGCAACGGACAUUCAAAUUCCCUUCAACGUGAUAACCUCAGCGGCAACAGUUUCAGCCACUGGUGUCACAACUACCACUCAUCACCUCGCGCCACUGCAACAAAGCUCGGAACAGCAAGUCCUGCAGCUGCAAACCGAAGCCAUCCAGCAGCAAGUGCAAACGGCGGCCGGGACAUUACCGCCGCAAUUGGAUCGUUAUCCAGCCAAUAGUCAGGAGAAACCAUUCCAAUGCAGCAUUUGUGAGCGACGGUUUCGACAGCUAAGCACACUAACGAAUCACGUCAAAAUCCAUACCGGCGAGAAACCCUACAAAUGCACGAUAUGCGACAAAACCUUUCGACAAUCGAGCACCCUAACGAAUCACAUGAAAAUCCAUACCGGCGAAAAACCAUUCAUUUGUUCGUUCUGCCCCAAGCAGUUCCGUCAGCUGAGCACACUCACAAAUCACCUCAAAAUCCACACCGGCGAGAAACCAUUCGAAUGUGCCGUUUGCAAGAAACAAUUCCGCCAAUCGAGUACGCUCAACAAUCACAUAAAGAUCCAUGUCAUGGACAAGGUUUAUAUACCAGUGAAGAUCAAAACCGAAGAGGAAGAGGGAUGACUAGAAAUGGUGGCCGAUGGUCAGACACCGGUCACCACGCCAAAUCACCAAACUCAACUCCAACAGCUUCCGCUCCAGCUCCAACAACAGCAACAACAGCAAACGCAAACACACCAAGUUGUUUUGGAUGCAACGCAAUUAGCCGAGGGCAUAAUCUCUGCAGCUGACGUGGUGAAGAUCGAGGUGAAUAGCGUACAAUCGGACUGCGAAUUUCCAG